AUGUCGAGGAUCUUCAGCAAGCUUAGGCUGGAAUUCCCCAAAGCAUCUGCGGCUGAACUACGGCAUAAAUAUAUGGAGGAGUUCUUCUACGUUGAGAAGGAAGCUCACAAGCAAGAGCAACGGCAGCCGAGAACUCUUCACCCUAUGUCAUUACUGCAAGUCGAGCAGUGGCUAUCGCGGGAUAGGGAAGACAUGAACUUCGCUGCCAAGCAUGGCUCGAUGACUCUUGAGAGCCGGGAGCAGUUCAACAAGCUCGAAUUCGAACGGUUCACUAGCACGUGA